AUGAAUUAUAAAGAAUUAGAUGAUAAAUAUACUACAUUAUAUAAUAAUGAUAAACAAUUAAAAUUUGCUAGAAAUGCAAUUAAAAGUUAUAAAAUUGAUAAAACGAUAAAUUCAAUUAAAAAUGAUUUACAUUAUUAUAAAGAUAAAAGCCAUAAAAGGACACAUAAUAAUAAUAUUAAGAGACAUAUUUUAAAUAUUGAUAAUACUUCAAGAAUUAACUAUGAAAUGAUUAAAAAUAUCCCAGGUAAUAUACCUGUUAAUAAUACGAUAACAACAAAAUUAAAUAGUGAUAAUGAUGAAGAAAACGAUAACGAAGUUGAUGAAGGUGAUGAUAAUGAUGAAAUAAUAAAUUCUAAGAAACGGACAUUAGAUUUAAUCGAUAUCGAUAUCGUUAAGACAAAAAUAUUUAAAAACAAUCUUUUUGAAAUGAAUGAUUCAUUUAUUAAUAAAUUGCCAAAGAUUGAAAUUGAAUCAAAUGAAACAAAAAAAGAUUCAUUUAAUUUAUCAUUAUCUGAUCAAAUCGAUUCAUUAUAUCAAUUACAAAAUAAUUUAUUAAAACAAUAUAAUUUUUUACAGAAUCUAGAGAAAAAAUGGUUUGCAUUAAGAGAAAUUAUCUUAGAUGCAAAUAUUGAAUUAGAUUUAUUUAGUGAACAAGAUGUUAAAAGUUUACCAAUUGAAGUUGAAAAUAAUAAUAAAGUUAAAGUUAGAUUAGGUUCAAUUAAUGUCCCGGCUUCACAUACACAAUCUGCUAUUCAUACUUUAGCAUUUAAUAGAUGCAAAAGAUUAAGAAAUAAUAAAGAAUCUAAUGAUAUUAUUAAUUAA